ACGGCCAGGACAGAACAAUUUUGAAUCGUCUUCCGUCCCAAAUCGGCAGAGCAACGAGAAGCCAAGAACUGGAGAAGAACAACUGGUUGGAUUUCUCCGAUCUUCUCUUCACUUUAACACUCCAUUUCUCAGAUGACUAGUAAAACCGGCGGUACUGGAGAGGCUGCUUUCCACAUGCUGCAGCCGGAGCGUGACCUUCGGUUGAAUUGGGAAGUCGACCUCGCUGAGAAGCUUGAAAGUUAUUUGUUGCAGAUUUGCACCGGUGAGUUUCAGUCCGGCGAAGAUGAGAAUCACAAUUCUGUCAAUUUUGCUGAAGCUGCUCUGCUUCUUCAAGGUUCGAUUCAGGUGUACAGUCGUAAGGUUGAAUACCUCUACUCAUUGGUUUUGCGAGCUUUGGAGUUCCUCUCCGAAAAGAGGCAGCAGGAUCAUUUGGAAGGGACCUCAAUCGAGGCUGAACAAGAUGGUUCUCAUAAAAUUGCUGAGGAUGAAAACGACCUAUUUUGGGUUUCAGAGGAGGUGCCAGUUGACACGAAGAAUACUUUGGAGAGUACCAAAGAAGAUGCUUGGUUAAAUCAAACUGUAAAGCCUCCAGCAAAUUUAGUCGUUCUUGAAGGUGAUUGUUUGGAUGCAUCUGGUGACAAUGGUGAACUAGAUUCAUACUUGUUGGCCUCCACUAGUGAUAUUUUCCAAGACUUCGUUCUCUUAGAUUCAUGUGAUGCUGAGGCAGUUCAAGAUUUUUUGAAUGGUGGUAAUAAGUUUGGCCAAAGCCAUAAUGGUGGAUUCAGAGGCAGCUCAACCCACAGGGGUUUUCAGUCUCCCUCUAGACGUUCUGGUGGAAGUAUGCAGAAAUCAUCAGUAGGAAAGACUCAGGGUGCUAAUGUCGCUCGGUCACCGUUUUCCAAUCAUUGCUUCGUGUCUGAUCCUCCAUCUUGUGAUAAUUUUGCCAAUGAAAAUCAUGAAUUUGACAUGGAUGCUGAGAAUUCAGAACUAGAUGAUUCAAAUGGUUCUGAAGACGAUUAUGAUCCUUGGAAGCCUUUGAAUCCUCAUGAACCAGGAAAUUUAAAAAUAAAAUCAUUUAGAAAAGUAAAAGCUUUUAAAAAGAAUUAUGUCAAUUCUGGUAAGCAUGAGUCUGUAGCUGCUUUGUUUCCACUAGCUAAAUUACAAGGCCCAGUUAGCCCAGAGUUCGCGAAGCUUUGGGAAGAGCAGCACCAAGCCUUUGAAACACAUAGCGAGUCCAAUUCUGCUUUAUUAUAUGAAAAGCUGCGAAAUUCACUUAUCAAUGAAGAUAGAAGUUGUGAUUCCCCUUAUGAUGUGGAAGAUGACAAUAUUGAUAAUGGUUUCGAAGAUGUAAUGCCUGAUAUCAAUCCGCCAGAUAUGGAUGAUCCCUAUAAUCAUUAUAUGGACGAGUCUUCGUGGUUAGGGAGUGAAAAGCAUGAUGCGGCUGCUCAUUUUGAUAAGGGUGAAACAUAUGAACCUGAAUUUCUCUUUUCGCAUUCAAGUCGAGAAGAUUUUUGUUGCCCUCAUCUUGACACACUCCUUGCAAGCAUUGCCGAGACUGAGAAUCCUACUGAAAUGGCCACUCGAGUCUCUACGUGGAAACAGAAUAUUGAACACAAUUUGGAAGAGCAAGACAAACACCUUCCAUUUGAUAUUCAUGAAUAUUGCAAAGCGAUUCGUGAAAAAUUAUCUGGUGAAGCUGACAAAGGCGGUGUAAUGUCUUUCUCUGAUGUUGUUGAAGGGCAGGAGAAGUACGUUGUAUCACGAAGUUUUACUGCUGUUCUUCAAUUGGUGAACAAUGAAGAUGUGGAGCUGGAAGAGGACGGGGUUGAUGGGGAGUCGAUUGUCUAUACUUAUCUGAACCCGUUCCAUGUUCGGCUUAUUUGCCAAGACAAACGGGCGGAUGAAACUCGGCAUCAAUUCUCAAGAAAGAGGUCCACAUCUCCAGCUACGGUUGAAAAUGGUAGGGAUGACAAUGUUAGGAAUAUAAACCACAAAUCAUCACACAUCGAUAAAACUCUUGAGGAAUCUAGGGUGAUGAGAGAAUUGUCACGACAGAAUUGCUAACUUCCUGUGAAACUGGGGAAGGUUGGUGGCAUAAAAUGCACUCCUGAAGGCAAGAGGCCAGUUGACUGACAUUCUACUUGGAUGACAAUAUUUAAUGUACAAUUAGCUGACUGUUUGUAUAUUGUAUAGCAAUUCAACACAGCUUGUUGUAGCAUUGUUGAGCACCAACUUUUUUGUUGGGGUAAUGAAUAUGGAAGUGUCAGCUAAGAAUUUUCCUUUGUACAACGUUUUGUUUGUUCCCUCUGUUAGGUUUGUUUAUUUGAUGUAAUUAUGAUCUGGAGGGAGAUGUAUGUAUGAAAGGAAAAGUGUAUAUUAACCAUGUAACCGUUUGAUUCUUGCCC